AGACAAAGACACUACAAAAACAAAAGGGGUUCGUUCCGGCUGUGGACGAACAACCUCUCUUCGAAUUCGAUUCUGAUGUCUAAAGAUAAUGACUUGGAAAAUCCAACUACUAAGAACCCCAGUGUUCAGAAAGGUCCGAAUUUGAAUUUGAAUGUGAAUGAUGGUGGGAGAAAUUGGUACACUUCAUUUGUGCAUCAAGUUUCAGUGUAUGGUGUAGCUGCUGGGUACUGUUUAUCUGCAUCUUUGCUUUCCAUAAUUAAUAAAUGGGCUGUGAUGAAAUUCCCUUACCCUGGAGCCCUAACCGCUUUGCAGUAUUUCACCAGUGCCGCAGGGGUUUUUCUUUGCGGCCAGCUUAAGCUCGUCGAGCAUGACCGCCUUGAUUUUAUGACAAUGUGGCGGUUUUUGCCGGCGGCUAUAAUAUUUUACCUAUCACUUUUCACUAAUAGUGAGUUGCUCCUCCAUGCCAAUGUUGACACUUUCAUUGUGUUCCGCUCGGUUGUUCCCUUGUUUGUUGCGGUAGGGGAGACGCUGUUCUUGCACCAGCCGUGGCCGUCGGUGAGGACGUGGGCCUCUCUGGCCACUAUAUUUGCCGGCAGUGUGCUUUAUGUUGUUACAGACUAUCAGUUUACAUUCAUGGCUUAUAGCUGGGCGCUGGCUUACUUGGUUAGCAUGACUAUUGAUUUUGUUUACAUAAAGCAUGUGGUUAUGACCAUUGGUUUGAACACUUGGGGUCUUGUGCUGUACAAUAAUCUUGAGGCUCUUCUGCUUUUUCCGCUGGAGUUGCUGAUAAUGGGUGAGCUGAAGAAGAUUCAGCAUGAGAUCAGUGAUGAGUCUGACUGGCACUCUUUCGAAGUUGUUUUGCCUGUGGGAUUGUCAUGCUUGUUCGGUCUGUCGAUAUCUUUUUUCGGAUUUUCUUGCCGCAGGGCAAUUUCUGCGACGGGAUUUACUGUCCUUGGUAUAGUUAAUAAGUUGUUGACAGUCGUGAUCAAUUUGGUAAUAUGGGACAAGCAUUCAACAUGGGUGGGUACAGUGGGGCUUUUGAUUUGCAUGCUGGGUGGGGUUAUGUAUCAGCAAUCAACAAGCAAGCCGAAGGCUGCUGAAAAAGCAAGUGCAAAGGAAAAUGAAGAGGAACAACAAAAGUUGCUUGAGAUGCAAGUCAAUUCAGAGACAAACAUCAAUAAUAAUGAAGUCAAUAAAUCAAGGGAGGAAAGCUGAGAUUAUUUUCAUGUAGGGCAAAUUUCAAUUUCCUUUCAAGUGUAUCUUUGCUUCAUAGGAAUCUGAUAUAAAUUAUAUUCUCAUUUUUUCUAAUUGUUAAUUCAUGAUUCUUUACAAAUGCUAUGCCCUUGAAUGGAAAGCCUAUUGGUGUUCUGGUAUGUAGGGGUUUGUUUACUUUUAGUAGCUGUUAUAUAAAAGCUAUUAUCUUAGUCUUUGAUAGAUAAAAUGCUUUUCAAUUUUGUCCUUUCACUUUUAAGCUUUUCAACUUAAUCAUUUUAUGUUUC